CCAACCAGACAUCUUCAUGGCUUAAAACGCGUUUGUUCAGUCAUUCUUGAAGCUCAGGGUGCGUAAGAUUCAUCAGAAGUUCAUUAAAAAAAAAGAAUUUUCGCAUAUCCCCAUCAUAUAAGAUAAUUCAAGCACGACCUUGGUUUUGUUCGAUAAUCAUAAUGGAGAGUGGGAGGUUGAAUUUAGAUAGUGUCGAAGCGAAUGGGAACGCGAAAGAAACGACAGUUGUCGCCACCGCUACAUACAAGGCGUUACCGGACGACGAUACCGUUCGACAAGACAAAGUAGAAAAUAUUACAAUGGGAAAACCAAAUAAUGAAAACGAGAUUGAUGAUGGAGUCCAUGAAAAAAUGCUCAAGGAUGAGAGUAAAAUUUCUCCUAUAAAAGAUACGACUGAGGUAAAAUUUAUUUCUGAAAAUGGAGAUACUAAAAUUGAUAUUGAAACAGUUAAGCAAGCUCUGUCCGGAAUGGGAAAAGAAGAAUUAAUGAAAUUUGCUAAUGAUCCAUUUUGGAUUCGAUUAAGGUGGUUCUUAUUUGUUACUUUUUGGUUACUUUGGGUAGCUAUGCUGGCUGGUGCUAUAGCUAUUGUGGUAAUGGCUCCAAAAUGUACAGCACCAAAACCUAAAGAAUGGUGGGAGAAAAGUUCUAUUGUCCAAUUAGAUCCUGUUGAGACAAACACUCAUGAUUUAAAAGGUGUAGAAUCUUUGUUAAAUGUAUUGAAAGAACAGAACAUAGAUGCAAUUUCUCUUGCUUCCAUAGUUAAAGAAAGUUUAACAGGAGGAACAGAAGAUUUCAAAAACAUUAAACCAGAAUUAGGAACUCUAAGUGAUUUGGAAGCUCUUAUAAAAGCUGCAAAAGAUAGAGAACAAUAUAUUAUUUUAGAAUUAGAUCCAAGUCAUACAUCAAUUGAACAUCCUUGGUUUAAACGUUCUAUUGAAAGAGAAGAACCAUUCUCAUCUUAUUAUGUUUGGGCUGAUGCAAAGAUAACAUCUGAUGGAAAACGUAAUCCACCUAAUAAUUGGCUAAGUGUAUAUGGAGGAUCAGCAUGGGAAUGGAAUGAACAAAGAGCACAAUAUUAUUUUCAUCAAUUCAAUAAAACACAACCUGAAUUAAAUUAUAAUAAUCCUACAGUAGUAGCAGAAUUUUCUGAUAUUUUAAGUCAUUGGAUAAAAUUAGGAAUAAGUGGAUUUCGUUUAGCUAAUAUUCAAUACUUAAUUGAAGAUCCAAAUCUUCAUGAUGAAUUCAGAAGUGUUAUACCUACUGAAGCAGAUAAUUAUAAUUCUUUAGUACAUGCUUAUACAAGAGAUCGUCCAGAAAAUGUCAAUAUCUUAACAAAAUGGCAAGAAAGAAUUUAUAAUGAAACAGAAAAUAAAGGAUUUUUUGCUCUUCAAGAUGAUAUUGGUACUGAUAUGCUUGAAGUUUAUAAUGAAAAAAAAAGACUAAUUGAUAUCCCACAAAAUUCAUUAUUCCUUACAACUGCAGAUAGCAGUAUAAAUGCCACAACUUUACAAUAUGGUAUUUCUCAUUGGCUUAAUUUCACUUCUUGGCCUGCUUGGGAUAUCAACGGCAAAAAACAUAGUUUGAGAGAAAGAAUGCCUGCAGAUAUAGCAGACAGUUUAACACUUAUGAUAUUACUUUUACCUGGAACACCUGUGUUAAAAUUGAAUGAUACUUUAUCUGCAAAAGAUGCCUUUGCAACUUUAUCUAAAGCACGAGAAAGCUUAACAUUCCUUUAUGGAGACACAAUAUUCAAGACUAUUAAUGGAAGUGUAUUUGUAUACACAAGGUUAAAGAGCGGCAAUCCUGGUUACUUAGUAGCAUAUCAAUCGGCAGAAGAACCUACUGUCGUGGAUUUCUCUAUAAUACCACAGAUUUCUGAAGAAGUUAGUAUAAUUGCAUAUAGUCCUAAUUAUGUGCAAGAUGGCGAAAUAAUAAGAACAAAAUUACCUUCUAAUAAGGUUCCUAUAUCAGCCAAGAGUACAAUUGUUUUAACAUUUGUUCCAAAAAAUUAAUUAUGAGAUAAAAAACUUAUAAUUGAUUAAUAAUAAUCUCAUGCUUAUUAUCUUUAUACUAUUAUAUAUUAUAAUAUUUAUUAUAAAUAAUUAUGUACUGCUUUUAUGAAUA